CUGAAUGCACAGAAUUGUUAUUGCUAUUAUAUAUGUAUAACUCUUUCUCUCUUUAUUCAGCAUUUAUAAUUUUUAAUUUGCCGCUUAUAUCAGAACCAAUCAAUAAGAAAUAAAAUGGUUCUAGUAGAAAACGUACCAUUACUGAACGCAACUUACAUUAUUGUUUGGAUUACCAUUCGAUUUAUUUAUUCUCUGACACUUGAUAUAGCAAACAAUAUGGCUUAUCAUUGUUAAAAUUCUACCAAGUGGACUUUCUGUUAAAAGAUUUCGAAUCUCUUAGGGAUACGAUGAAUUAUUUCGAAAUAAUUUUAUCAUCUUGUUUUUUCGCUGUUAGUAUGCGUACCUGAUACUUAUGAUAUUCCAUGUAGGUGAAGGUGAGCGUAUAUAUGUAUGUAAACGUGAUACGUAUGUGCACAUUGAAUCAUUAUUUCUCAUAACCUUUUUAUGAAUACGAAAUAUAGCAGAUGCAAUUAGACAAUUUUUAAAAGAUGUGGGUAAAUCCAUACAUCUUGUAGCCGGCAAGUGGCGAAGAUACUAGACGCAUACUAUAUUUAAUGGAGUGGACUGUAUUCUUGUGAUUUUUCGCUUGAACGUAUAUCAUAUCAUGGCCUCGUCAAAUAGAAGAAUUCAAAUCGGCUCUGCUUGGUUUCAAACAAAGAUUAACCUAAGACCACAGCGUCGAGGUAUCCAUCACGUUACCGAGGAAAUCUUAAGAAGAAUUCCUGAACUCUGCGAAUUUUCAGUCGGACUUUGUCAUAUACAAAUUCUUCACACAUCAGCAAGUUUAGCACUAAAUGAAAAUUGGGAUCCAGAUGUUAGAGAUGAUGUAGAAAUGAUGCUUAAUAAAAUAGUUCCUGAAGGUUUGGCCUAUAGACACAGUUGUGAAGGACCAGAUGAUAUGCCAGCGCAUGUAAAGGCAUGUUUUCUGGGCUCUUCAUUGAGUAUUCCAAUUACUGAUGGCAAAUUGACUUUGGGUACGUGGCAAGGAAUUUGGUUGUGUGAACAUCGUAAUGAUGCUGGAAGUCGCAAAGUAGCUAUUACAUUGACGGGUUGUCUCAGGGAUCCUGCACGUAGUCCUUUGAGCCCUGUUAGUCCUAUUGCUUCUACUAGCAGCUAGGACCACUCACACCCCCAAAGGCGUAGCAAACGUCAGCUGCGCAUAUCUACAUCCAGUGAUUCAAGCUAGCAGCUGCUUAAUCUUAGACAAAUUCUAAGAGUAUAAUUCAGAAAAGAGUGUAUGGAUACUUCAAAAAUAUAUAAAUAUUACAUUUUCUUAUAUCCACUCAUUAUCACAAAUUUCCAGCAUUUUUUAUAAUGGCAUAACUUGUAAAAUCAUAAAAAUAAUUGACAAUAUUUAUUAAUGUUCUUAUGCUUAUCUCAUAUAUCUUAUAUUUUUUUAUACAUAUAAAUAUAAUAUAUUUAUUACUUAUAUUUUAAUAAAUACAUAAAUAUUUAGUAAAUAUACAUUUUAUGAUUUUAUUUAGAUUAUAUAGAGACAUUUCUCUUUAAACUGAGUUAACAGUAACUAUCCAAAAAUGUGGUUCAUUGAAUAUAUAAUGUUGUUCAGUACUUAUAAACUGCCAAGGCAAUUGUAUAUUAUAUGCAUUCAGAAAUAAAUAUAAACGAAUUACAAGUAUCCUGCACUCUUCAUCGCUCUUAGAAAAUUAAUGUAAUGCAUUCUGAUAUAAUGCGUCCAAUACUCCGAAUUUAAUUACAUAGCUUUAUUUAAAUAAUUCUUUUGUAAAAAAAAAAAGAUUAAUAAAGAAAAUGGCAUUAAUAAUUGCUCAGCUGAGACCUUACAUCACUUUUUAUCAUAUGUAAGAAAAUCUCAGCUUGAGUAUGUGCAAUAUGUUAUAACUUUCUAACUCACUGCUUAUCAUAGGGUAGGCAUUUUUAAUGACGUUUCCAAUGCAUUUGGGGGUGUAUAUAGGUUACAAUCAACACUUCUUUGCUGUGCUAAUAUAUUUCUGCUAGAGAUAUCCACAUAAGUUAUAUUAAUAGUAACAACAUGUGGGCAACAAGUCAGUAUGAAAGUAGACAGUUAAGAGAAUCAUCAAACUAUGCAAAUAAUGAUUUAGACUUACUACAUUGUUAGGUAUUUACUGAUAAAAUAUUCUAGAAACUUAAAUAAUCUAAUUAAAACAUAAAAUGUCAUCUAGAAAUGUAGCACUGCAAAGAGUUGUAAUAAAAAUUACCUACAAUGUUACUAAAAUAACCAAAGCUUAUCAUGGGAGCUUGUUAAUGUAUCUAAUGUACUGUAAAGCAAGCAGUCGAUGUUAGUUGUUAAUCUUUCUCAUAUAUAGUAUAAAUGGUCGUCCAUUAUGAUUAAUGAAUAUGCUUUAAUGUGAAGUAUCCAAUGCAAUUCAUAUAGCUUACAUAUUAACAGCUCAAAAAUAUAAAACUAUCAAAAAUUAUGAUAAAUUUUUUGCAAGUUAUACAUUUUUUUCUCAUAAAGAAAUAUAUGGAACGAGUUGGUAUACUUCAUCAUAUAACAUUAAAAAUUUGAAAUUCAUCUGUGAAUUCAAUUCUAAUUUUGUUAAUAUGCUCAACAAUCCAAAUUAUUAAAUAUGUAAAAUUCAUAGCAAUUUGCUAUUAAUCAAUUCACCUACCAAGUUCAUUUCAUAAAUUAAAUGAUUGAAAAUUAUUAUAUUUGCAAGAUAAUUACCGUAAACAAUAAUACACUAUAUAUAUAUUUUAUAAUAUAUUAAUACAUAUAAAUAUAAUUAAUUUCAUCUUAACAUUUGAAGAUAAUCAUUUAAUUUUCUGAUAAACUUUUAUUUUUUCUGGCAAAAUAGUAAUCAUUGCUUAAACUAUAGUUAAAGAAGUGCAUAUAUAUUUGUUUUAAAGUAUGUGUAUUUCUUUUCAGUUGAUACAUAUCCAAAUUUUUAAUAUUAUGUAAAACACAUGUAUAGUGAUUAUCUCAUAAUCGUUGUUAUUAUAACAAAUCUACAAAUUUGACGAAUUUAUACAUUUUCAAAUCAUUGGUUUCAAUUUUUAAAAUAAAAAAUUUAAGCUGUAUAUUUAUCACAUGUCUUAUAAAAGAAAUUAAUAACUAUAUAACUAAAGUUAAACUUUUACUAAGAAAUUAUAAGCAGCAUUUAUAAAAUGUUACUUUCCACUUAUACGUGCAACAUAUUAAGUUAGUAUGAUUUCCCAUUUCCUAAGAAAAGUUGUUUUGUAUUGUUACGAAAGAAAAUGUUAAAAACAUUGACAUAAUAUAAUUGUGUGUACAAUUUGCAAAGUUGUGUUCUAAGAUUUGUUUGGUAUUUUCCUAUCUAUAUAAAAAAAUACUUAUAAUAAAUCUUUAAUUUACUAAUGAAUAAUUUUUGAUUAUGUCUAUAUUUUGCAGUGUAAUGUUAUAUAGUGGAUGAUUUAAUGAAAGUGUUAACAAAAAGUGUUAAUAUAAUUUUGUGUAAAUAUUUCAUACAUUUACAUUUUUUCAAACUGUUUUGUGAUUAGUUUCAAGGUAAUUAAAAAGGUUUAGUAUUUAUAAUAUUAUUAUAAUAGCAUAAUUAGCAUCAAAAUUUAAACUUAAUAUUUGGAAAAAUAAAAAAUUGUAUUUGCAUAUUUAAUUGAAAAUCAGAUGUUUUUAUGCCUUGAUUAUGAGAUAAACAACAUUCGAUAUAAUCACAGUUUUCUAAAUAUUUAAAUUAUUCGAUAUUUAUAAAAUUUUCUAGAUAUAUGAAAUAUUAGUUUUUAUUUAGCUGGAUAUAGUGGACCUAUAAUAACAAAUUAUAGAAAACUAAUACAUUAGGAUUAUACAGUAUAUAAUAAAUACUAUUAUACAUUAAAUUUAACGUUAUUAAAUGUACAUAUAAAAUUAUAUUUUUAAGUGAAGGGUAUAGUGAGAACACCAUAUUAUGAGCGAAUGUAAUGAAGUUUAAAUGCAAAUAUGAUAAUUGUAUAAUAUCUCUAAAAUGUAGUAAUAUAUAAAAUUGUUUAUAUAAAAUAAAUACAAUGACUUCUUAUGCA